UAAGGAUUUGACAGUAGCAUUCAUAGACAGUUCAGAGUAGUUGUUUCACAAAGAAAAGACCAGAAGUGUAGUUAAUGUUACACCACAGUUUUUUCUCAGAAACACAAGAAGAGCUUAUGGGUCAAGAAAAGAAGUCUACAUCUGAUAUAGAUGAGAAGCUCGCCACAAUCCAGUUAUCUUUUGAUAUAGAAUAUGCGAAAUGGUUGUCUAGAAAUCAGAGUGGAUCUUUCUCUAAGCAUGGAAACCUGUCCACAGAUGGGGAUUCAUCACCAACCCGCAACAGCAGCAGCAUCAGUAAAAAAGUGCGGCCUAAGGCGAACCGCGUGGAGACAAGCUCUGAGCUUCCGGAUCACCACAUCCAUGGUUUUGUAAACGAGAAACUGUUCUUGAAGAACUUCUUGCUGAAGCAAAAGGAAUCCGAAGAGUUCAAGUCUCUAGCGAUUGUGGGGAAAUACGGAGUUGGGAAAACAACAUUGUGUCAGGAUGUGUUCAAUGACGAAAAAGUGAAACAGGUUUAUAUCCUGAGGAUAUGGGUUUCUAUGUACAGCAAAGAAACAAAAGAGGAUGAAGAUCCCAAGAUAGAUGUUGUGAAGAAAAUCUUGAGAUCACUUGGAAUUGAAGAUGAGAUGUUUGAACACAUCAAAACAGAAGCAGAAGAAGAGAAGAGCAUCAAUGAUGAAGCUGGGGAACCAGAGGAAGAGACAGUUAAAGAGAAAGAGCUCUCUCGAUUAUUGUAUGCUCUUCACUUGAAUCUGAUUGGGAAGAAGUAUCUGAUUGUGUUAGACGAUGUUUGGGAAGACAACGAGUGGAAUCAGAGGCUAGAUGAUAAGAAGAACCAACAGGACAAAUCACAUCUUUCUUGCGGGUUUCCUAAAGGGUUUGGUGGGAGAGUGAUUAUGACUAGCAGAGACGAGAGAUUGGCGAAGGAGAUAGUUGGGGAAGAAGAGAAUCUGCAGCAUUUGUUUCCGAGAUCCGAUGCAGAGAGCGUGUUGGAGAUUUACAAAGAUGCUGUAAAAGCAGAAUUGAAGAUAGAAGUGAAUCCGAGGUAUCCGGGAAGAUUCAAACAAGAGCUUAUGGACAAGUCUUGCGGUAUUCCUUUGGCUGCUCGAAUGCUUGCGAGGAUUGAGCCUGUGAAAGUGGAUGAAACUGGAGACAUGGAGAGGAAGAAGAGCUUCUAACUUCUAAAGCAAUGUAUCUACACGUAUUUACAAUUUACACUCUAAAUCUAAAGAAACAAAAAUUGAAGAUUACUAUUUAAAAUUUAUCUCGUUGUUCUAGAAUCUGUUAUAGUUGAGACUUGUGGGAGUGUAAACCUUUUGACAUUUGACAAUAAACAAUAUGAAUAGUUUCAAUA